AUGAAGAGUUUUGGUUCCGAAUUAAAGGACCAAGUGACUGCGGUCAACCAAUUUGUUCAAAGUGGAAUUCAAUUCUUAAAUGAUAUACGCGAUUUCAUAAAGGAACGUGCACAAAUAGAAAAGGAUUAUGCGCAUAAACUUGAAACUCUUGCAAAAAAGUACGCGUCCAAGAAAGAUAAAAAAUCAAUUGCUUUAUCAGUGGGUGAAAAUGGACUCUCGUCAAAUCAAACAGAAAUAGGCGCGUCUUUUGAAACUAGUACAUUUAUCAAAGCGUGGGGACGUCUUCUUGAGGAAAUAGAAAAUAUUGCAAAGGAUCGACAUUCAUUGUCCGAGAUCCUUUCUACAGCUGUUGUAGACAGAAUUAAAGGAGUUGCAUCGAAAAAAGAAGAAUUUCGAAAGAAGCACAUGAUAUUUGCUCAAAAAUUAGUCUCCGAUAGGGAUAAAAUAUACGCCGAAAAGCAAAAAGCUAAAUCGCGAUAUGAUGAAAGCUGUGUAGAAGCCCAAUCCUCCUUACAGAAGCAAGAGCGAGCACCCGAUGAGAAAACUCUGGAAAAAUUAAAAAAGCAAUCGAUUCAAGAUGAAGUAGAUAUGAAAAAUAAUAAGGCAGCAAACGAAUAUAAGAAAAAAUAUUACCAUACUGACGUCCCAGCUUUAAUUGAUCAUAUGCAAAAACUUAAUGAGAGCAGAAUAAAAGCGAUUCAUGAGAUAUGGAAUGACUACAUUGGACACGAAUUAACAGUGUUAUCAAAAACAGAGCGUCAUUAUAACGAUAUCCGUGAAGCCCUACAAAAAGUUGACGCCGAAGCUGAUUCUCAGCUUUUCAUUAAAUACAAUAAAAAAGAAUGGGACGAACCACCAGAUUUUUUCUUUGAACCUUCUCAAGCUUGGGAAGACAAUGAAGAAUUAGCCAACGAUGAGAAUGCUCAAGUUUUCCUUAGCAAUAAAUUAGUAAAGGCUAAACAGAGGUUGACUGACUAUAAUUCAUCAAUUGAGACAAAGAAAAAAGAUAUAAGUGGCAUGGAAAAUCUUGUUGAUGCCUACUCAAAGAAUCCUAGUCUUGGAAAUGCUGAUGUCGUUAAUGAGAAUUUAUUAGAGACUCUUCGGGAAGUCACAAGUUUGGAAUCAAUGAAAACUUAUUACCAAACAGAAGUGAAUUCAAUUAUACCUGUGAUUGGAGAUAUUUCACCUGAACAAAAACCUCAUGAAUUUAAAAGUGCUGCUUUCACUAUUCCAACUAAUUGUGAUCUAUGCCAAGCUUCCGUUUGGGGUAUUGCAAAACAAGGUCUCACGUGUAAAGAAUGCGGAUAUAAUUGCCAUUCUAAAUGUGAGAUGAAGGUUCCUCCUAAUUGUACGCGUAAAAAGGGAGUUAUUAAUCGUGGACUUGUUACAAGUAUUGCAUUUUCUAAUCCUAUUUCACCUUGGGGUACUUUGUCGAGUGUGCCUAAUUAUAUGUCGCUAGCAGGAGCAUCAACUCCAACCUCGAUUCAAUCAACAUCUACCGUAGUAGAUCAAGAAGUUUGUCUACAAGCUACUGCUUUAUAUGACUAUAAAGCUGGUGGUCCAUCUGAAAUAAGCAUGAGGGCUGGAGAUACGAUGGUUGUUCUGGAACCAGACGAUGGUUCAGGUUGGGUCCAGGUUCUAAUCGACGAGAAUUCAGGAUUAGUUCCAGCUUCAUAUAUUGAAAUUGAAAACCACGAAGGAAUACAUAGAGAUUAUGUUCGAGUACUUUAUGACUACAAAGCACAAACCGCGGAGGAGUUGACUAUACAUGAAAAUGAAAUAAUUCAAGUUACUAAUCGAAAUAUUGGUGAUGGUUGGUGGGAAGGAAUUAUUGAUAACCAGCGAGGACAAUUUCCCGCUGCAUAUGUUGAGGAGUAUAUUGGAUAG